AUGAGUAGGUAGAGAUCAAAAAUGUCUUCCAGUGGCACUCUCAGUAACUGCUAUGUGGACGCUAUCAUGGGGCAGGAGCCGGAGGAUGUGUACGGUGCGCGCUUUAUCCAGGCUCCACACACGAUGACCCCGAGGCCGUCAGGUGCUGGGGACAACGCAGACUUCUCCUCGUGUAAUUUUGCGCCAAAGUCCGCCGUUUUCUCCUCGUCCUGGUCCUCGGUUCACCCUCAGGGGAUCUACCACCCGUACGUGCACCAUCACCACCACCACCAGUCCCAUCUGCCCGCCUCGGACGGCAGAUAUGUUGGCGUGCGCUCCUGGAUGGACCCCAUCUCCAACCACGUUUCCUUCGCCGGAUUCCACCCGGGCAGUCGGCCGUACGGGACGAAGCCGGAGGUCCUGCCGGCGAAACAGGCAACCGAGUGCGACGCAUUGGAAGCAGAAGCUCGACCGAUCAGCGGCGAAUUCGCUUGUGGAGUGUCGGAGUGUCCGGAAAAGGCGACCAAGGAGCACAGUGGAAGCGAGCUUUCGAGCCACAGUGAGCCCAAAGAGGAGAAACAACAACAACUUGACCCAAACAACCCUGCAGCAAACUGGAUCCAUGCACGCUCAACAAGAAAGAAGCGGUGUCCCUACACUAAAUAUCAGACUUUAGAGCUGGAGAAGGAGUUUCUCUACAACAUGUAUCUGACCAGAGACCGGCGCUAUGAGGUGGCCCGCAUACUCAGUUUAACGGAGAGACAAGUGAAGAUCUGGUUCCAGAACAGGAGGAUGAAAAUGAAGAAGAUGAACAGAGAGAGGAGCAGCAAGGAUCAGCUAUAAGCUCGCUGCUGGUGCCAUUAUACGCAUUCUGACGUUUGCACCAAGGAAGCCAUGUGAACAAUUCAA